AUGACUCACCCAAAUAGGGGCCUGAGUCUUCACCUGAACCACCCCCACCCCCGCAAUGACCAGGGGGUGAAGGUCCUGCUGACCACUUACAGCCUCCUCUCCAGCCCCAGCUUUCUGAAGACCUGUCCCAGUUCCAAUGUCACUGUGCCACAGGGACCCCCAUCAAUGCUGGCUGCGUCUCUCCCACUUCUCUCCACGGCCCCCAAUUUCACUGUGUGCGAAACCGAAGUUCCAAGCCUUGGAGAACUGAAGCAGGUUCUAAAACCCGAAGGGUUUCGAAAUCGCAGCAACUGCAGAGGAGAGAAGCCGGCCCACGGACUGGGCUGGGGGCGCGGCGCAGGCGCAGCCGGAGCUGGACAUCUCCGGCCCCGCGCCGCGGAGGCGCCGCCGCGUCCCGGCAUCGAGCCGGAAAGCUGGGGCCCGGGCGGAGUGGGGCGGGGCGGAGGGGCCCAGGGGCUGGAAGCAGCGCCGAGAGGGCGCGGCCGGGCACGGACCCGGGCUCCGGGCAGCGGGCCGCCCCGAGGGCGGAGGGGAGUGGCCCGCCGCGGCCUUAUUUCCUCGAGCGCCGGCGCAGCUCACUUGGAGCCUGUCCGUCGAACGCCGCGCUCUCCCGCGUCCAUGCCGCCCCGCCUGCAACCGCCGCUCGCCUCUGGGACCGGGCGCCCGCGCGCCGCGGUUCUGCCGCUCGCGCUGCUGCUGUCGCUCGCCCUGCAAGGAGUGGCGGCGGCACCCGCGGGGGCCGGGGAGCCCGAGGACUCCCUUCGGCGCCGGGACCCGGAGCUCCCGCGCGGACUCCUGGAGCAGGCGGCGCGCGUGGCGCUGCACUUCGUCAACUUCCGCGCGGGCUCGCCCAGCACCCUGCGCGUGCUGGCCGACGUGCUGGAGGGCCGCGCCAGGGUUAAUCCAAAGAAGGAAUGUCAGGUUGACCUGGUGUUUACCACAGAUCGCUAUAACCCAGAGGAAGGUGAGGAACGUUUGGGGAAAUGUUCCGCUCGAGUGUUUUUCAGGAAUCAGAAACCGAGACCGGCCAUUAAUGUGACUUGUACACGACUCAUUGAGAAGAACAAAAGACAACAGGAGGAUUACCUGCUUUACAAGCACAUGAAGCAACUCAAAACCCCCUUGGAUGUAGUCAGCAUACCUGAUAGCCAUGGACAUAUUGAUCCCUCUCUGAGACCCAUUUGGGAUUUGGCUUUUCUUGGUGGCUCUUAUGUGAUGUGGGAAAAGACAACCCAGUUUUUACAUUACUACAUGGCACAGCUCAGCAGUGUUAACCAAUGGAAAACAAAUGACGAUGCAAUUGAUUUUGAUUAUACCGUUCUACUCCAUGAAUUCUCAACACAGGAAAUCAUUCCUUGUCGUAUUCACUUGGUCUGGUACCCUGGCAAACCACUUAAAGUGAAGUACCACUGUCAAGAGCUGCAGACACCAGAAGAAGCCUCUGGAACUGAAGAAGGUUCAGCUGUGGCACCAACAGAGCUCAAUAAUUUCUGAAAAGAAAAAAGGUCUGCUUAUACCAAAUUCUAAACAAAAUGACUCUAUUAAAUAGUGUAAAUCACUAUUCUGGCAAAAUAGGUAAGGUAUAAAGUAUUCUAAUAUUUUUUAGAAAGCCUGCAAUUAUAAUACUUAACAAUUAAAAGAUGCUGGGGUUUUUGUUUUUCGAUUGGUUUGGUUUAUUUUGUUAAUUCUGGGAACACAGGCAUACUGAACUCUGCUCAGCGCUAAACAGUUUACUCCACAGUUUUCUCAGGGUUUCAGCCCUAAAAUGUAAAAGAAGAAUCAACUGGUAUAUACUGUAAUUGGAUCAAUAAGUAUUUAGCAAAACAAAAAUUGAUGGUCUUACCUUUAAAGCUGUAUUUCUCAUUACUUUGAACAUAGCAAAGCCAACUAUUUUCUGUUGCUAAAUUCCUUCCACUUAGUAUAUAAAAAAUAUAAUAUAGUUCAAUGAAAGCAAAUUGCAGGGAAAAUAAUACCAGUUUAGAACAAACUUUAAUUUUUUUUAUCAUUUCAAGCAAGUAUUCUUUUUUUGAUAUGUACUUUUCUAUAUAAAAUGUGUUCAGUGUGUGUUUAUAGAGAUUUGUAUCCAUAAGCAAAAUUUGUGCUAAACUGAAUUAAAUGAACUCUUAAUAUUGCUUAAUUCAAAUUUUAUAAAUAAAGUGUUUCAUGGAUAAA